UCCCAUUUCUGUGAACCAGUUACCGCCGGUCACAGUACCCUCAUUUUCCGCUCGUUUAUCUAUUUUGGUGUCCGUUUCCUUGAAAGAGGUUAAGUACACAGAGAAUAGGGAACAUAGGGAAAGUAGGUAAGCAGGGCGAGGGCAGAUGAGCCCGUUGUUAACUGCAAGUUUCAGCAGGACAUGUUGAUGGAAGGUGUUGUUACGUGCGAAGUGCUUCUAGUAAUAUUGCAAUUAUAGUAUCUGUAAACCUAUAAAGGACUGAUGGCAAAAGCUGAAGGAAAAGCACCCUGCAUAGAGUUGGGAUACUUAGAAGAAUGUGCUGCAUGGAAAUUAGAAAGUAGAUUUUUCCCUUGUAAAGUGGGUGGAAAACCAGCUUGGUUAGACCUAUUCGAUGUGCCAAGUAAGAUUCCUUGUGGUAAAUGUGAUAAACAGUGCAUUUUUUUAUGUCAAGUGUAUGCCCCAUAUGAGGAACUGGAUUCUUGUUUUCAUAGAACAGUAUUUAUAUUCAUCUGUAGAGAUCCUUCAUGUUGUAAAUAUAAUGAAAAUAAAAACUUAGUAGUGUACAGAUGCCAGUUAAACAGAAGAAACAAAUUUUUUAUGUUUGAACCACCUGUUGAAGAAGAAAAGUGGCAACCAGAUAUAUCACCUGAGCUAUGUAAAACAUGUUGCGUUUGUGGUGCUAAGAGCGGUAGUCACUGUGGGAAAUGCAAAGUGGCAUAUUACUGCAGUAAGGAACAUCAAGUAAUUGACUGGAAAUUGGGUCACAAGGAAAGGUGUUCAUCAGGAACUGUACACAAAGAUGAAGAGAGAGGGGAGAGAAAAGGUGUUAUGUUGCCCCAGUUUGAAAUAGUGAUAGAGCCUGAAGAAGAGCUGCCUGAUGAUUUGAGAACUGAAGAAGAAAGGGUACAGGAAUUUGAGAGAAUGGUUCAGGAAGGCAAGGCAGGAACUUUGCAAGAUGACAUUUCAGUCGAACUACAGAAGGUAACAUCACCUGAAGACAGACAGUUUUCUAAGUUCACUUCAAGGAUAAAAAGAAACCCCGAUCAAGUCUUGCGUUAUAAUAGAGGAGGUGUACCUCUCUGGAUAUCUACACACCACAUACCAAAUGAGGAGGAUAUUCCUCAUUGUGAGUACUGUGGAACGCAGCGCCAGUUUGAAUUUCAGAUUCUUCCUCAGAUGCUGAAUUACCUGGGACUUGACAGCACUGAGGACAGUGUGGAUUGGGGAACACUGGCAGUUUACACUUGUUCCCAAAGCUGUGAUGAGGGUCCAGCAUACAAGCAAGAGUUUCUCUGGAAGCAAGACAUCAUAUCCUGAAAUAUUCCUUUGAGCAUUAGAUCAGACUUUUAAUAUGCUGUAAUUUUUAUAACACUGUCUCACCUAAUGUUUCCCACAAUUUUGUACCUUUAAAGAAUGAAGUUGUUCCAAAGUUCA